AUGAGUAAUAUGCCAUAUGAUGACAAUUUUGAUCCCUCGGUUUUGGAGCGAAACGAAUAUGAAGAUUUCUCUCACUUUUUCCAAGUUGAUAUUUUGUUCGAUAGUAGGGAAGAAUUAAUCAACUGGGCUAAAGCAACUGCAGUUAGUCAUUGUCACCGUUUGAUUUGUCAGUCUAAAAGGGAGAAUGCUCAGUACUUCACGUGUGACAAAUACGGACAUGGCCGACAAACGAAUAUCGAUGUGGAAGAUCCUAGAAACACUGGAACAAAAAAAUGUGGUUGUCCGUUCAAAUUGAUUGGUAAAAAAUCAAGGUUUGAUGAAUUAUGGCGGUUGACUGUCAGCGAUGGGAGGCAUACUCAUCCUCCGGCUUUGUUUCCUCACGGACAUGGUACGACUAGUCGUAUAACUCCACAACAGAAAGCAAGAAUUAAAGAAUUGAGUAAUUCUCACGUGAAGUCAAUGCUAAUCAUGAAUAGAUUGAGGAAAGAUGAUCCGACGAUACAUCCUCUAUGA